AUGAAACCAACGCAUAGAAGAGCACACUCCCUUAGCGAUCUUUAUAAUGUUCAGCCUUCAUCUCCUUCUAAAAAGCAACAAUUAUCUCCAAAAUUUCUAUUAGACGUUAUUUCUCAAGUAACUAAAUCUCAACCCUCUGGCUCAGCUAAGAGCUUGCAGCCUUUCUUGCAUAAUAUUGCAUUAGAAGAGGAAGAAGUUCGUGCAAGAGAAAAGAAAACGCAAGAAUAUGUCUUGAAAGAAAUGAGCAAAAUCCAAACAAUAGACCGCGAGUUUAUGAAACAAAGAUAUUUAGCUCAAAAAACGAUAACGUCUCCAUCAUUGACUGAGUCAAGAUCACAGCCUGGCUCACCAUUAAGUAAGAUUUCGCUUAAUAAAGUUAGGUUAAUCCGUAUGGAAAAGUUGAAAACUCCUAACAAAUCGCCACCACUGACUGCAAGAUCUAAGCAUUUAGCUAAAAUUCAAAAUUUUAUGCCAAAUCCAUCAGAAUCUCCAAUAAAAAGCCCACAAAAUAUAAAACAGCUAAAUUCAGAGUUAAAUUACUUCAGGAGGAGAGCGUCUAUUCCUGAGCUGUGCUCCCCUGACGAAUUUUUUCCUAAAUCUAAAAGAGCAGCUGUUAAUAUAGAAAAAUCAUUAUGCAAUAUCAUGGCGAAUAAAUUCAUUUUAUUUUAUAAUAGUAUAUUAUAUCAGAUUUGAUGGCAAAUGUGCUAAAUAGCAUACAAGAAGAUUAUUAUAAAGAAUUCUCAGGCACCAAAAAAGCUGGACUAAGGGCAGAUUUAAUCAAACUGUCCUUUUGAAAGCAAGAUUUGAAUGGGUUUAAAAAAGAAGUUGAUGGAAUUAUCAACUCAUUUCCUCAUAAUAGGAAUCGAAAUUAA